AUGAAGAAUAUUCAAUAUUAUACCUAUCUAUUCCAGAUGCUGGUUGAGGGAACAUUGAAACGCCAAGUGCACGGCAAGAAAAACAAUGCAAAGAAAAAACCGAAACUAUUCAGUAGAUUUUGGAAAGGCGAGGAUGUGGAGUACUCAAGACUGAACAAAUCGAACAAUAAUUUUAUAGAUCGAAUCAACAAUAGUGAUCCUCAAAAACCUGGAUCUGAAAUACAACUGCAGUGCCUCGAUGCGCACUCCCUGCUGCUGGUGUCCAAGGAUAAUAAUACUCGCCGCAAUGGGUAUCAUGAUCUCAACACAGACAUCACAUCGACACCAGGCAGUUCUAUAGAUCUUGAGUGGGAAAACGAUUACGGAUAUCAGAAUAACCCCUGGACACUUCGACAAAAUGAUGACCGACAACUACCCAACUAUCCAAAUCAAACAGAUGCUGUAUUCAAGGUGGAAGAAUGGUCCACUCUAAAGAAAAGCAAGGACCGGAUAAACUCUAUCAGACGGCUGGACCGCACCGGAGCUGGCCGCGUACCGGAUGGUGCGAUAAGUCAUUCUAUCGGCAGUGUUGAGCCUAAUGGUUCCGGAGUCACCCGGACGCCCUCAAUCUGUGGUUCAUACGCUUCUUCCUCACACAUAUCAACGCCGGAGGACUCGCUAGAGUGGGACAUCGAUCAGGACCGACAGCUGAAAUCGGAAAACGAAUCGAUCGAUCUCGAAACGAAGGAGCUGCUGAUGGAGAUCGAACAGCUUAAGAAUCGCGUUCUCAACGAGACUGGUGCUAACAUAAGGGAUCUGAAGUUCGACGAAUCGAUAAGUUGAUUUCACCUCGAGGAGCUUAGGUCCGUUUGGUGGCUGACAAAAAAUCAAACAAUUAUCUUUAUAUGAUUAGGUGAAAUCUAAAAGCUUAGAGAAGUUGAAAUAUGUUUAGGCAAAAUACAAUAAUUAAACAAGAGAAUUAUUACAAUUAAUUCCAUAUAGGGAUCGAGUUGAGAGUAUUGUAAAAUGUAAUCGGUAAACUAUAUUUAUUAUAACUUCUAUAUAUUCUUUAGUUUAUAGAGGUUUUUUUUAAAGAAUUGAAUAAACACCCAAACACAAAGUAAUAAAAAUCAACAUGUUUAAGCAAAAAAGCAUUUAUUUUGAAGUGCUGAAAUAUGCAAAUAUAGGUGCAUACCAUUGUAUAAUCAAAAAUAAAUGAAUACAUCAUCUCGUUGAUUUUCAA